UUGCAAAAUUUUUUAGAACGAAACAAGGCCUGAAUUUCAAAUUUCAAUAUUGUAUAGGAUUACUUUACUGUUUGACCAAUUUAAAUUUGUAAACGAGUGAUGAUAAGUUAUAUGACGUCGCGUUUACUAUUUUUCUUAGUGGUACACGUGCAAAACCACGCUGACGAAGCUGACCCAGCAAUGGCGACCCUCGGCCUGUUCCCCUCUUCAGUCGCCGCAUCCACCGCCACCAUUCGCGCCCCCGCCCCCACCGGGCCGACCAGCGCCAGCACCCGCCAACCCCCGCACGCCCGCCGCCUCCCGGUCCUCGGACGCCGCGCGCCGGCGAUGGACGCCCUCCGCGUGUCGGGGGCCGCCGAGCCCCUCCUCUUCCCCGCCGCCACCGCCGCCGGGGGGCACCCCAGGCUCCGCGUGCGGACCCACGUGCAGGGCGGGGGCGGCGCCGGGCGUGGCGCCGCGGCGGAGGGGGACGCCGCCUUCUCGUGGGCACCCGUCAUCCUCCCGUUCUUCUUCCCUGCGUUGGGCGGUCUCCUUUUCGGCUAUGACAUUGGCGCAACCUCUGGAGCAACCAUCUCUGUGCAAUCUCCUGAUCUAAGUGGCACCGAUUGGUUCAGCUUGUCAUCUUUGCAACUAGGGCUUGUGGCCAGCAGUUCACUUUAUGGUGCUCUUGGUGGCUCUCUUCUUGCAUACCGCAUUGCAGAUUUUCUAGGAAGGAGAAUAGAAUUGGUCACCGCAGCUGCAUUAUAUAUUGUCGGUGCUUUAGUCACUGGAUUUGCCCCUAAUUUUGUAGUGCUAAUCAUAGGUCGUGUCUUGUAUGGGAUUGGUAUUGGUUUGGCAAUGCAUGGUGCCCCUCUUUAUAUUGCGGAGACUUCUCCUUCACAAAUACGUGGAACAUUGAUAUCUUUGAAGGAGCUGUUUAUUGUGUUAGGAAUACUGUUAGGAUACUUUGUAGGAAGUCUUGAAAUUGACAAUGUAGGAGGAUGGCGGUACAUGUUUGGUUUUAGUGCUCCACUUGCAGUUAUUAUGGCUAUUGGUAUGUGGACUUUACCAUCUUCACCAAGAUGGCUACUUCUCAGGGCAGUUCAAGGAAAGGCUUCUAUGGAGGAUAAUAAAAAGAAGGCAAUUCAAGCCCUUAGAACAUUGAGGGGCCGAUCAGCAAGUGAAAAGGUUUUGACAGAUGAUGUUGAAGAUACAAUUGUCUCUAUUAAGGCUGCCUAUGCAGGACAGGAAGCUGAAGGAAACGUUUGGGAGGUAUUUGAGGGAGCUAGCUUGAAGGCCUUCACUAUUGGCGGAGGUCUGGUUCUGUUUCAGCAGAUAACAGGUCAACCAAGUGUUCUAUAUUAUGCAGCUUCAAUACUUCAGACUGCUGGGUACUCAGCUGCAUCAGAUGCUGCCAAAGUAGCAAUUUUGAUUGGGUUGUUCAAGUUGCUAAUGACAGGUGUUGCGGUAUUUAAAGUUGACGAUGUUGGAAGGCGCCCAUUGUUGAUAGGAGGUGUUGGUGGAAUUGCUUUGUCACUCUUCCUACUGGCAGCUUAUUACAAGAUUCUGGACGGCUUCCCCUUCGUUGCUGUUGGCGCAUUACUUCUUUAUGUCGGUGCUUACCAGGUCUCAUUUGGUCCAAUUAGUUGGCUAAUGGUGUCUGAAAUCUUUCCACUCCGAACAAGAGGACGUGGGAUCAGCCUUGCAGUACUAACAAAUUUCGGCUCGAACGCUUUGGUGACAUUUGCAUUUUCACCCUUGAAGGAGUUCCUUGGGCCAGCCAAUAUAUUUUUCCUGUUUGGCGUCAUAGCAGUGCUCUCCCUGGUGUUUGUGAUCCUCGUUGUUCCGGAGACCAAAGGACUGAGCCUGGAGGAGAUCGAGUCUAAGAUCCUGAAGUAAAAUCGUGUGAUCAUGGCUCUACAGCCCCAGUUGGAGACCUGAAAUAUCAAUGCCAUUUUCAAAAUGGUCGCUCGCUAGUCUGUCCAAGUUUCAGAACUUGAGUACAUAUGCAUGACGUCUCUCGGUGUAAAGCUUCGACCUCUUUCUCCUAGUGUAGUUAAUAUUUCUGAACAUUCUUAGUAUAUCUGUAGUUGAGUCAUAAUCACGUCCCACUGUAAGACCUCGUCCGCAGUUGCUGCCUGUAACUGUAAGUAAUCUCAAUGGUCUUGUGUCCAUCUAUGCUGUAAUCUGCAUGUCACUAGUAAAAGCUGCUCAGCUGCCGUGUUCUGCAGAACUUGCAUGUUUACGCCUGUGUGCUGGUGUAAAACUGUGCUCGCAUAAGAUUGCCAUGUUUUGUGAGUGACUUUCCCUUA